AUGUUCGGAUGGGGCGGUGGAAUUGGCCUCACGCCCGUGGGCUGUGAGCCUGAGAAAGAACGCCGGCCCCCGUCGGCCCCAACGAGCUUGGAUUUCCCUGUCCACACCUCGGAUACGACAGGAAACGAGCGUGAAUCAUCAUUGAGGGAAAUAGGAAAUAUCCUCGGUUUAAUCAAAAGGCCGCAAGAUAUUUCGGCCGACAAGUUCGAAGCUUUCAAUCUGAGGGUAGAGCAUGAUGUCCCUGCCUCGGCUAUCGUUCGGCAGGAUAUCCCCAAUUCCUCCCCCCUGUUGCCGUGGGAGGACGACUCCCCAAAUCCGUCGCCGUCAACAGAAGAUGGAUCCCCUAUCCUGCUGGAGAACGGUAACCCGUAUCCGCCGAAGGAGAGAUUCGAGGUGCUGAAGGACGAGCUGCUUCUUGACAACGACGAUGCCUUCCGAGAGGUCGGUAGGCUCCCCCCGCGGGAAGGCCGCCAAAGGGUCCGGGUGACGCAAGCGAGAAAAUUCUGGAUGGGGUUGGAACGCAUGUCGCAAUACUGGGACUCGAGUUUAGACCGCUAUUACGAACGUCCUGCAACACCUCGAAGCAGCACGCCACAGGCAGGCUCCGAGGAUACUAUGCAGACAGAUGACAAAGUGCAGCCACCCCAGACCGAGAACCAGGCGGGCAAUGAUCCGAAAGAGGGACAAGCGGAAACCGUGACGAUGUAUCAAGGUCGACGUAUCGGAGCUGGACAUGAGAUGCCCGAAGACGUCCGCGAGGAGACGAUUCGAGCGUUGACUGAAAUGGCCGCUUGGCCCUUCGGGUGCCAGAUAGCCCUUCCUAUCAUGCCUCCGCGACUCACCCUCGGCACGCUUCUUUUCCCCAUUCGGCAGACCUUCGAGGUCGCCCGAUCUCCCAAAGAUCGACAAUUGGCCCGAAGCGGUGUCAUGGAAGGACCUCUACUUGCAGCCCAGUGCCGACCCGAAACCUCCUUUCGAGCACCGCAAGAAGCUGCGGGGUCAGGCCUUGGGGAGGUGUGCGAUCUCUUUCGAGAAUUAGGAAGCAUGCUCCUGGCUGCCCAAGAGCGACUGCGCCAGGGGUCGGUUGAGGUCAAGCCUGGCGAGGGGAAGUGGUGGACGAUGACCCCCCGGUGGGGCGGCGCCUUCAACGACGUUGUGGGUGACAGUGGCAAUUUUAGCCACGGCGAGGACACGCCUCUCCUAGAUCUUGGAAAUGCUCGCAAACGAUCGAAAUACGACCAUCCGUUCUUUGCUCCCCGAAGACCAAAUGGUGCGCGCCGACUGAGCAACGCUGAGAGGUGGAGACUCGUCCAACCAGGGCCUAGUCUUUGGGACCGACGGAUGAGGUAUAUUCAAAUCGGGAAGAGCAAUGACUGCGCUUUUGACGAUAUCUACAUGCUAUCCUCGAUAAACCACCACCUUGCCAUUCUGCACUUGCGCGUUCAUCGUCGGUACAUUGAGGUAUUGACAGCUGGCGACAGCGACUUCCCCCCAGACUCCGACACAGAGGAUCAUCCGUGGCAUGUUCUCAAGAUGCGGCGGACCAAGUGGUAUGAUCUGUUCGAUGCUCAGGAGCGUCUGGAGGUAUUCAAGGGAAUAUGGACCAUAUUCCAUUACAUGCUACGUCGGCCUUGA